GGUGAGAAGUGUAGUAACAAUGCUUUAGGCAUUGCGUUGUAAGAAACGUUUCAGUUCAUAAAGAAAAACAUGCGUUUUGUGUUGAUGCAUUUGCUAAUAUGUUGGCAAGCAAUAGCAGCCCUAGAAGUCUCAGAAGAAACCAAUUUGCCAUGGAAUGCGACAGAACUGCCAUUCAAUGAGACCGAAGAAAGUACUGGUUUCCUUUCUGAUUCUGAAACUGCUUUAGCCGAAAGAGAGGAGAACACAGAGGAUGUUAAAAAUAUUGGUUUGGAAGAUUUGAAAGGAGGCAAAAGAAAACAUGAAGAAAUUUUAGGUGACAGAGCUUGUGGAACUCCGCCAUUUGUUGAGAAUACCGUCCCUUUUGACUCAAGACAGAACUCUUUCCCCGUCGGAAGUGUGGUCACCUACACCUGUGAGUUUGGCUACGUGGCAUCUGGAUCUAAGCGAUCGACCAACUGUCACGUCUCAAGUGCAACGCAACAAGCAGAAUGGACAGCAGUGCAGCUGAAAUGCAGCCCUCGUUCUUGUGGAGAUCCUGGGUACGUGCCCGACGGUCGAGUCGUAGGAUCUCUUUUCACGUUCCCUCAUAACGUUACCAUCGAGUGCGAUGAGGGCUACGAGCGAAGAGGACACAUGUCGAGAAUUUGCCAGGCAAAUGGAGAAUGGAGCGGAUCGCUAGCCACGUGCCAAAGAAUCCGCUGUCCCAUACCAGCGUCACCACUUAAUGGGAGGACCAUUUUCUCGUCCGAAGAUUAUGGAUCUGAACUCAGAUACGAGUGUCAAAAUGGGUUCAGGCUCGACAGGAAAGAACAGAGAAUGUGUGAUAAGACUGGAAAAUGGAGCGGAAUUGAACCCAUUUGCACAGAAAUGUUUUGUGAUCCACCUGUUGCACCCGAUCAUGGUUCCAUGCAGAUCUUGGACGAAGGCUUAAAACCUGGAAGUUUGGUUCUCUAUGCAUGCGAUGAAGGGAGGACGCUUGUUGGAUCUGCCAGAUCGACCUGUUCGGCUGAUGGCGAGUGGAUCUUUCCAGCUCCUAGAUGCGUGGGCAAGUAUAUAUAUAUUCCUACUGAUUCCGGAUUCUAA